AUGGGUGAGAAGAAAGCUGCCGAAGUGAAAGAAAGAAAACGAUCAAAGAAGGUAGAUCCAACAUGGUGGGAGGAUAUUGAAGCCAGAGAGGUGGAAAAAAUUCCGUACGACAUCGAUGGAACAUGCGUGUUCAAAUUAAGUUUCGAUCCCGUAGACCGACUCAAGUCCAGCGCAGAUGGAAGAUCUUGGGAAAAGUCGUACACAUGUAACACGAAAGAGUUUCCUAAUGGUCGAAGAAAAGCAGCGAAAUGUGGCGGCAGUUACACAUGCAUAAACAAUCUAUGUAUGUUUUAUGUACAAUAUGGGAAAGAAAACAACGUGCAAUGGAAGAAAACUGCUGCUGGGACCCGGCUAUGCAAGUGUUGCAAUCACUUAAUGCAACACAUACCAUGCGAGGCAAGAAAAAUAUGGGAGUUUUACCAAGAGCACGUCAUUGUCAGGCAUUUAGGAUUCCACACAUGUCCAGCAAGAAUUCCCAUGACCUUCCCCGAAGAAAUUAGCGAAACCUUCAGUAGAAAUCCCAAGACUAAACCCUCCAAAUUACAACGCGAUAUUCUGGUUAACUCUCUUCGAGAAUCCGGUAAUGUGAACGCCGUAAAAGAGUUGGCCACCAAUCUUCUCGACAAAAAAAAACUUAGAAACGAAAAACAAAAACAAUCUAAAGUAACCCACCCGCAUGGACACAGUUUUGAUGCAGUAGUUCAUCUUAAGAGACAGCUAGAUGCACACGAUCCGUUCCUUAUCUUUGAGAUAAAUGGCGAGGGUAUGAACGAGAAUCCAUCAUAUGUUUUCAAAAGCAGCACCUUUUUGGCUAAAAUUGCUUUGGAAAUGGAUAAGUCCGGCAACCACUAUAUGUCGAAAGAGUGGGUUUUCUUUGACGCGGCCCAUAAAAGAUGUCGAGGAUUCAAAACAUUUAGCAUCACUACAUUCCACCCACUUUUAAGAAAGAUAGUGAAGUUAGCAACCAUGGAAUGCAAAGAGGAAGACACCAGAUCUGUGAAAAUAAUGUGGGAGUUGUUCAAUAAAGUUUUGCAAACCGUGUCUAGGCAAAAUUUCUACAAAUUCAAUCCAUGUGGAUGGAUGGUAGACGAAGCAGGGUCAAACUGGAAAGGACUUGAAGAAGUUUACGGAGAUGAUGUUCAGACAAGAAUCGUUAGCUGUCAAUUUCACUAUCAGCAAAGUAGGAACGAUCACCGGCGUUAG